AACCCCACACAACCCGCUCCUCCCUGGCCUUCCUUCCAUUCUAUCGCACCCUCCCUAGGAUUAGAUCGCCGCCGCCAGACUAUGGUCGCUGGAUCGAGGUCACCAGUCUCCUCUCCGGCCACCCCUGACGCCAACCCACCACGCUGCGUCCGCCGGACCGACGACGGCGAGGACGAAGUCCGGCGUGCAGUGCAGGGACGAGGAGCUCGAACCGGGCAAGGCGGCAGUCCACACCGGCGAGGAACCCAGGUCUGAGCGCGUGCAGGACCCACCCCUCUGCCGGCGGCGAUGCGGCUGCCCGGCUGCUCGGCCGCAACCUGCAGCAUUCUCGCGUAGGCGUAGACGUCAGCGGCCACCCAGCGCGCUGCAUCAUUCGGAAUGUGCUGGCGGCCCCGGGCUGCCGCGCGACGAGCUUGCUGUAUUUGCGCGCGUGGUCUGGGAAGUGGAAUCCGGAGCACCUGGACCGGCGGGCACGUGCCGCAGCGGACGCUGCGAAAAGCAGGCGACUCCGGGCUGCCCGCGCGGCGAGCUUGUUGCACCUGCUCCGCGGUCCUGUGGGGCGAGGACACGGGACCUGGACCCACGGGCGUCCAAGCCGUAGUGCGGUCAUGGCGAGGUUCAGCCGGGGCCGAGUCCUCUCUCUCGCCAUUGAGUUGGACACCGUCAGGACGAGACCAGCGCGCAGCGUCUCAUGUUCAGUCCGGCAGCAAGCCACCGAACGAUAAAUCAGCGAAGACGCUGGGUGCCUACCUUGUGCAGUCUCAGCUGCAGUGUGCAGAGGUUGCUGUCGCGCUCACCACAGGGAAGACCACCGAGUACUUCACCUAAAUCCAGUGCAAACAACCACCACGUUCGCCAAGAAGUGGACGAACGCCCAGCAGAUUAAUAUUGAAGUAAGGAUCGCAACCCUCGCAUGUGCUUCCUGACUCACUUUCUUCUUGAGCAAAGAUAUGUGGAUCAGUUACUUCAUGUCAGCUAACAAAAUUAGAUAUCCUAUCUAAGAGUGGGUUGUCUUUUACCCCUUUGAAAUUGACGAGUUGAUCGAUAAUGCUAAGUAAUGGAGUGUGAUCGAUGUUGGUGCUUUGUAAUACAAAGUGGAGGGAAACCCUUUUUCGGUAAGUGUAUGCAUUCUUCGUUCCAUGAACAAUAUUUCCGGUCAUGUUAGAGAGAUUGGUUUUAAGCAUGUAAAUCUGAAUUUCACAUACUCUGCACGAGAAGCUUCAGUUAUAAUUUAUAAAGGAUGAAAAAUAUUUAGCGGUAUAAUAGUAAGAAGUAUGUCUGAAGCAUGCCGAUGUUCAGCAAAUUAGAGAACUACAUUGUUGCACCUUAUAUUGCCUCAUGGUCAUGGAUAGUGUUCUGUUGCAAGUAACUUGUCUUAAGAGGCACCUUAUUCUUUUUUACAACUGAGUUUCUAAAAUUACAAUAAACUUCGAUUUUUUUUUCCAAAAAGGAGGAUUACCUCCGGCCUCUUGAUCAACUGAAAUUUGAGUUUAUGUCAACAGCAAAAGUGUACAAGGUUCUGUAUGUUCUACCAAGCCCGGCUGCCACUGCGGUUCUACCAAGCUUCUGUAUGUUCUAUCUCUCUGCCACACUAGGUUAUAAGGGUGUUGAUUCUGACAUUGUGGAUGCACCUCUAAAGCACAGAAUGAUGGUAAAGCUAUAUUUUCACAUUUCAUUUUGGCAUUCUAGGGACAGAAAGGUCGUUUCGAAGUUUCAUGGGUUAACAAUUCGAAACUACCAAAAGUACAAGUUCACUCUGAUGGAAGUUUGUCUAAAAUCCUAGACGAGGGAGUUGUUUCCACGGUACAUGUAUUGAAUGUGCUUAGAGACGCCUAAUUUACAUACACUCAUCCCUGUACAUGGAAGUUUGUAAAAUGUAUCUUGGGUUCCAUUUGGUGCAAGAUGAAGUGUACUAACUAUUAAGGAUAUUUAAUUUGUGUCAGCAAAUUACGAAGACAAAGUUUGUGGUAUUUAAAUAAAGAGCUAUGUU